CACUCACCGCUUGGUUGCUGCCGGGUGACGCGGGCUGGGCCCGCCCCCUGCUGCCGGCCCCACACUCACUCGCACCAGCCGCCGCCAAGCAGGCAGCAACCGCGUCAGGGCCGUCCGGGGGCCACGCCGGCAAUGCCCGCAGCCCUCGCCGAGCCCCGCGGGACCCGCUGAGUUGCCCCCGGGCCGGGGUCAUACCGGGCCGGGCCGGGCCGCGCGCCGCGGCGCUGCCUGCAUGACCCUCCGGCGGCGCGGGGAGAAGGCGACCAUCAGCAUCCAGGAGCAUAUGGCCAUCGACGUGUGCCCGGGGCCCAUUCGGCCCAUCAAACAGAUCUCCGACUACUUCCCCCGCUUCCCGCGGGGCCUGCCCCCCACCGCCGCGCCCCGCGCCACCGCGCCCCCGGACGCCCCCGCGCGCCCGUCCGCAGCCAGCGCCGGCCCCCGCAGCCCCUCCGACGGCGGCCGCGACGACGACGAGGAUGUGGACCAGCUCUUUGGAGCCUACGGUUCCAGCCCGAGCCCCGGCCCCAGCCCCAGCCCCGCGAGGCCGCCUGCCAAGCCCCCCGAGGAUGAGCCGGACGCCGACGGCUAUGAGUCGGACGACUGCACCGCCCUGGGUACCCUGGACUUCAGUCUGCUCUAUGACCAGGAGAACAACGCAUUGCACUGCACCAUCAGCAAGGCCAAGGGCCUGAAGCCGAUGGACCACAAUGGACUGGCUGAUCCCUACGUCAAACUACACCUGCUGCCUGGAGCCAGCAAGGCAAACAAGCUCAGAACAAAAACUCUGAGGAACACUCUGAACCCCACAUGGAACGAGACCCUCACUUAUUACGGGAUCACGGACGAGGACAUGAUCCGAAAGACCCUGAGGAUCUCCGUGUGUGAUGAGGACAAAUUCCGCCACAAUGAGUUCAUCGGCGAGACUCGCGUGCCCCUGAAGAAGCUGAAGCCCAACCACACCAAGACGUUCAGCAUCUGCCUGGAGAAGCAGCUGCCGGUGGACAAGGCAGAGGACAAGUCCCUGGAGGAGCGAGGCCGCAUCCUCAUCUCACUCAAGUACAGCUCCCAGAAGCAGGGCCUGCUGGUGGGCAUCGUGCGCUGUGCACACCUGGCUGCCAUGGACGCUAACGGCUACUCGGACCCCUACGUGAAAACAUACCUGAAGCCAGAUGUAGACAAGAAAUCCAAGCACAAGACUGCGGUGAAAAAGAAAACACUAAACCCAGAGUUCAAUGAGGAGUUCUGUUAUGAGAUCAAGCACGGAGACCUGGCCAAGAAGACCCUGGAGGUCACUGUCUGGGAUUAUGACAUUGGAAAAUCCAAUGAUUUCAUUGGCGGAGUGGUUCUGGGCAUCAAUGCCAAGGGUGAGCGCCUGAAGCACUGGUUUGACUGUCUGAAGAACAAGGACAAAAGGAUUGAGCGUUGGCACACGCUCACCAACGAGCUCCCGGGAGCUGUGCUCAGCGACUGACUGCCCCAUCUGCUGCCACCCACCCAUGCCACCCAGCCCACACAGGCCCUGCCCUGGGCCCUCUCAGCUGCCAUCAAGGGCUGUGGCCCUCACAAUGGGCAAGAUCCAGGUUGUCUGCUCGGACAUAGCCACUGCAGCCCCUGCUUGGAGGCCACAGAGAAUCCAGCCUCCGCCCCCCAGGGACAGGAAGACACAAUAUUGGACCUGUUUCAACCCCCUGGGGCCUAGGAGGGCUGGAGCUAAAGAAGUUCUCACCCUCAGCUCUGCCCAGAGGAAGGGCUAUCUAGGGUGAGGAGGACCUUUUGGGGAGGUAAGGGGCAGAACACAUGCUGCAAGCACAGAAGUGGGGGUACUCUGGCUGCCUGGAGACCCCAGAGGGAAGGACUACGGGCAGGUGGAGCCCAGGACUCUAGGACAGGCAAUGUGGUCAACUGGGGCUCCCAACUUACUCAUGCCAGGCUUCAGUGGACAGACAGAAAGAGUCUGAGCCCCGGGGCAGGGAGUCCUUGUCUAGCAGGGGGUCUGGGUGAACACAUUACCACAGAGAUGAGGCAUACAGGAGCAGCUGGUUGUCUGCAGGGGCUGUGGGUACCGCUGACUGCCAGAGGGUGAGGACAGAUUGGGCAUCUUGGGGGAGUCAGGACUCAGCAUGGCCUGGAAAAGCCAGCUGUGGCUCUGAAGCUAAGAGAAGGCCAAAUACGGGGAGCAGGAGGCCUGGGGUAGGUAUCGGGACUGGGACGGAGUCAUGGGUGGGGAUCUCAGGUUGGUCUGGGGCAGCAUUAGGUUUUUAGGGAGCAGGAGGCCUGGCGUAGGUGUCAGGACUGGGACGGAGUCAUGGGUGGGGAUAUGGGGUUGCUCUGGGGCAGCAUUAGGUUUUUAGGGAGCAGGAGGCCUGGCGUAGGUGUCGGGACUGGGACAGGGAGUCAUGGGUGGGGAUAUGGGGUUGCUCUGGGGCAGCAUUAGGUUUUUAAGCAGGAUCUGGGCUUGAUGUGUACAAGCACUAUAGGGAAACUGAGGCUGACUGUUCAAACCCAAGCUCUCCCAUUUGAUCUUGCUCCCAAGGGGCCUCAAUGCACCCUGCUCCUGUUCUCAGCAGAAGUCUCUUUCCCGCGGCUUCAGGGAGAAGAGAAAGGAGUCUUACUAGCAUGAAAAGAGACACCCACCUCUCUCUUCCUCAUCUCCACAGCUCAGGCUGAUGUUGGGUCCCUCAAGACUCCAUGGCAGGCAUCCCGGACCUAUCAAGACAGUGGGUUGCCUUCAGGAAUAGCAGUGGAAGACAGAACCUUGUUUGGGGGAAGGGGUGGGGGUGGGGCUUCUGCCCUCCGGAGCUGAGAGCUCUGACCUUACUUUGUGGGAUAGGGUGGGACACAUCUCAAUCUUGAAGCCCCCAAAUGUCUCCUGCCAACUAGGGCUCCAGGAAGAGAGGAGGAAAGAAGAACUAAGGAGUUAUACCAUCAUUCCAAAGCCCCAUUUUGCUCAACCCAUCUCUGGGUAACAAGGCUUGGGGGUCCUGAGAGGGAAGAUGUCCUGCCCUAAGCCGAGCACCUUCCUUCAGCUAAAAUAAGGUUCCAGGGUCCCGGGUCACGAUUCCAAUCCCAAGCACUCACCAGCCUUCCCCACUUGGCAGGGAAAAUAGGUCUCUAUUCCCUACGCACCCACCUGUUAGAAUCGGCAGGCACCUUAUUGAAUCUUCACCAUCUUGUGUGGCGGGUGGCUUGGUCAGCCCAUUUUAUAAGUGAAAUGAUCUCAGAGAAGUUGAAAAACUUCUAGGGUCACCAAACUGGGAGGAGCUGAAACAAGACUUAACACCAAACCCUUUAACUGUUUGAGGGUAAGGCUCUUUUCCCUGCUGAAUCGCUGAGACUUGAAGUUUGUUGCAGAGGAGUCUUUUAUUUACCCGCCUCCUCGCCCUCUAGCUGGUAUUGAAAUCACCUGCGCCAUUUAGAAGGCCAGAGCCAAGCCCUGGAACUCAGCUGCCUUACCCCCAGUCUGAGGUCAAGGCUGCCGGUUUCCCCACACAGCUAGAAACCGGAGCUUAUGGGGGCCCAAGGAAGGUGUUCAACGCACCUGGUUGAGCUCUGAGUAAUUCAGUAUUUGCCCUUUGGGAAGCCCCGUUCUGAAAGGAGCCUGGCAGCCUCCUGAAGAUGUGUUUAUUAGACAUGAGGUGACUGGGGCCCAGCAAGAGAACAGGGCUCAGGUGGAAGAACCUGGAUCCCCCUGUUGUCCCAGGCAUAGGGGGGCUUGGGCUUCAGAGAUGGUCCUUGUGAACCCCAGGGACAGACAGGGUGGGAGAUGGGGCUUCUAGCCAAUUGGCUCACGUGUGAGUGCCCAAGCAGGAGCCCACUAAAGUGAUGGAAGUUUCCCGUGGCCCUGGAGUACUUCCAAAUCCCUGGGUAAUUCCAUCUCUGUUAAAGGAAAAGCCCUUUGAGAAGUUCAGAAUCAGCUCAUCCUUUCACCCCAAACGGGUUUCUUGCUUUUGGUCCAUCAGCGUUGCAGAGAGGAAAUUUGAUACCAAAAACAGAGGUCAUUCCAAAGUCGGGCCAGUAACCAGGGCGUCUCCCGAAGCUCGGCAUCCACCUCUCAUCCUGGUGGCGCCCACGGCCACCAUUAGCCAAUCCCCAAACGGGCCCGUCUUCCAAGCCUGAGGCGGUGACCUCCUGACCUCUAGUGGCGAGAACGAGGAGCUGCACCUCCGCGGCCGGCCUACUAGUCGAGCCUGGGCCAAGCAUGUCUGGCCCUUUUGUCCUCCAGCCAAGUGAACCUCCCGAUGCAUGGACUCGGGCUGUCGUCGACGCGGACUCGUGCACUGCUUACGGUUUUGCUACCACGUGACGGCUGCAGAGUACAUCCUCAAACUGCAGCGCCACGACACAAUUUUUGUACUUUCGUCUGACCUUCCCGAGGGUGUCCUUUUUAAGUCUUAUUUGUUAAUAUUUAUAACGAUAUAUAAUUCAAAGUAAAUGGGAACGUUGUACUGCGAUCGCACUAGCCCGGGGACUCCUUGUAAGAUCUGGAGGGCACAAGCGAAAGGCAACUGGGGUUUACAUGUUGCAUGUACUCUUUGUUUUUUGAAAUGGUCUCACUUGUAAACCAGGCUAGUAUCCAACUUAUGGUGAUCCUCCUGCCCCUCAUUUACUCCUCACUGAGGUUCCUAUGAAACAGGCUCUCAAGUUAUGAAUGAGGAAACCGAGACUCUGAAAUUCGAAUAUACGGGGCUGAUCAGAUGCUCUUGCCACACAAGCUUUAGGACCUAAGUGUUGAUUCCAGGAACCCAAAUCAAAAAGGCAAGAUGAAGCUGGGCAGUGGUAGCAGGGAGGUGGUGUCCUAUGCCUUUAAUCCCAGCAUUAUGGAAGAAGAGGCCAGCGUGGGCUAUAGAGGGAGUUUCGGGACAGCCAGAGCUACACAGAGAAAACAAAAAACAACAACAAAAAAAGGUAAGAUAUUGUCUGGUGUGGUGCGGCCCUUAGUCCCAGCAUUCACAAGCUGAGGCAGAACGAUCUCUGAGUUUGAGGCCAGUCUGGUCUAUACAUCCACUUCCAGGACAGCCAAGGCUACAUAGUUAAGACCCUGUCUCAAAAAAUAAAUAAAUAAAAUAAAUGAUGUGACAAAUUAAUAAUCCCCGCAACUCCUGGGGCCAGAUAGGAGAUAGAGCUGGAGAACUGGCCAGAGCCUUCCUGCCAACUAACCUGGAAUGAACGGACACCUGAGAAACAAGAGAGGCUCUGCAUCGAGGCUGAGGUUGAGAAGAGAAAAUAGUUAUCCUUUGACCUCCCCACACCCGAGCCAGCUAGGGUGCUCUCUCACCCGCCCUCCUUUCCCUCCCUCUUUUUCCUCUCCCUCACUUCCACACACAAUAAAGUUUUUUAAUAAACAAGAAGUUAAAAUGUUUCUGCAAACCACACAGAGUUCAAUUCCAGAUCUCGAGAAACGCUGCAGCCAGGUUUGGUGCUAUUGGCCAGCAGGUCCACAACACGGCCAGGAUCAGCAUUAAUGCUAAGUACCUAGAAAGAUCAUGUGACCUUCACAGAUGGCUCUGAUUGACUUGAGAGGGCACUGAUGACAGAAUACUUGAGAGGCAUGUACCAGGUGGAGGGAACAGGUGUGGCCUCUUGAAAGCGGCAGGCCUGGUAUGCUAGGGAACUUCAAGGAGCCCGAUGAGACCAAGUGCAAUGGGCAGGGAAUGAGGGCAGAGGACCACGGGCAAGGCUGUGUGCUUUAUUAAAACCUGGGCAGGCAUGGUAGUUCAUGUCUGUCAUGAAUUUGGCUAAAGAUUUCAGAUCUUGUCUCAAAAAGCUACAUUUCAUGGACUCUUCUGUUUCCCUAUUUCCACUUAGGGCCCAUGACCCUCAUCUCUCCUGUGGGUUUGCCCCUGCUGCAUCAUGUAACAUGAACAUCCCGGCAAUUCAUUGUGCCCCAUAAGGUUUGGCGU